ACGGAGGUUUUCCCCAGAAUUCGCCGAACGAUCGUCGAUUUUGCUCCGCCGACCGGAAUAUCCACCAUGGCUGCUCUGCAAUAUCUAGAUUCCUUGCGCAAUGCGCACCCGGACCUUGCAGACUGGUUCAACUCCCUAACGGAUCUGUACGAGAAGAAGCUUUGGCACCAACUCACCCUCAAGCUCGAGCAGUUCAUCUCUCUCCCCGUCUUUCAGGCUGGCGACGCCCUGAUACAGCUUUACCACAAUUUCAUCGCCGACUUUGAGACAAAGAUCAAUCUCUUGAAGCUCGCGCAUUUUGCUGUCAUAGUAUCUAGGCAAUAUGCCGAGAAAGAAGCCGCGAUCAGUUACCUCGAUGGGGUGAUCGGGAAGGUACGAGCUACGAAAGAGCAGCGGGUAGCGGAGCCGAUUCUGUACGUAAAGAUGCAGAUAGCUUUGAUCAAGCUGGAGCAAGGUGACCAGAAAGAGUGCAAGAAGAUGUUAGAUGACGGAAAGAGCACCCUCGACAGUUUGACGGACAUUGACCCGUCUGUUUAUGCCGGGUUUUAUUGGGUGUCUUCCCAAUACCAUAAAUAUCGCCAAGAGUUUUCCGAAUUCUACAAGUGUGCCCUUUUAUACCUCGCCUACACUUCUGUGGAGUCUCUCUCAGAAUCAUUUAAGCUGGACCUGGCAUUUGAUCUGUCACUUUCUGCUCUGUUGGGAGAUGACAUCUACAACUUUGGGGAACUGCUCGCCCAUCCCAUUUUGAACAGUUUAUCGGGAUCGAAGGUCGAGUGGCUAUAUUAUAUGCUUCAGGCAUUCAACACUGGCGAUUUGGUUCGGUAUCAAGAACUAUGCCGUGUUCACAACGAUGCGUUAAGGGCUCAACCCGCAUUGGUCCAAAACGAGAAGAAACUUCUUGAAAAGAUUAACAUUCUGUGCCUGAUGGAGAUCAUCUUUAGCCGACCUUCCGAGGACAGAACGAUACCGUUGAGAAUCAUCGCUGAUCGUACAAAACUCUCGAUCGAGGAUGUCGAGCAUCUUCUCAUGAGAAGCCUAUCUGUUCAUCUUAUGGAAGGCAUAAUCGACGAGGUGGAAGGGACAGUGCACGUAUCGUGGGUACAACCUAGAGUUUUGGGGAUACCGCAGAUAAAAUCAUUGCGUGAACAUCUCGACGGCUGGCUCGACAAAGUUCACACCGCAUUGGUAUCCGUCGAGAGCGAAACCCCCGAUUUCGUCAGCUCGUGAAUCCUCCUCCUUCCUUGCUCUUCUAACCAUUUCGACAACCAGGAAGAACGGAAGAAAAUAUCAAAAAGGGCAUUGACGCAGAUGAGCAAAGAGUCAGUUUUUUUUUUUUGGAUAAGAUAUGAUUUUGGCAACUCGGGUUCAGAGAUUUGUAUUCUUAGGUCUUUGUCUUUGGUUCUACGAGCCGAGCCAGUUCACUCUGUUUGGUAAUGGUAACUCUUUUUACUUCAAAUUAGCCUUAUGAGGAAAUGUCAGAUAUUAUUUUAUGUAGCUGUAAACAAUGCCUUUAUACCUAUUAAAAUUGGUACGCAAUACCA